AUGAGGGUAGGAGUGAUUGAGACCCAUUACUCCCAUUCAGUUGUUCCCAGUGUGGUAGUGCAAGACACCAGUGAGGAUCCUAAACCGAUAGACAAAAGGGAAAACAGGCAAUGGUAUCUACCCAGUGUAUUUGCACAGUACAAUAUUAACAACAAUAGUAAUAAAGGCGACAAGUCAGAAAGAAAAAAGGAUGGAGAAACAAAAAAGAACAAGGACAAAAAGGAGAAAAAUAAAAAUAAAGAUAAAUCCAAGAACAAAGAAAAUAAAGAAGAGGAGAAGAAAGAGAUUUUCAUUAUUGAUCCAGCAGGAAAUAUGUAUUACAAUUGGUUGUUUUGCAUCACAAUGCCUGUCAUGUACAACUGGACCAUGAUUAUUGCUAGAGCCUGUUUUGAUGAGCUUCAGCACGACUACUUAGCGGUAUGGUUUAUUAUUGACUAUGUUUCUGAUGUCAUCUAUAUUGCUGACAUGUUCGUACGGACAAGAACAGGUUACCUGGAGCAAGGUCUUCUGGUGAAAGAAGAACAAAAGCUUCGAGAGAAAUAUAAGGCAUCUUUUCAAUUCAAAUUAGAUUUUCUGUCAAUCAUACCAACUGAUAUCUUAUACUUUAAGUUAGGACUGAAUUACCCAGAAUUGAGAAUAAACAGGCUACUCAGAGUAGCUCGGAUGUUUGAAUUCUUCCAGCGAACAGAAACAAGGACAAACUACCCAAAUAUCUUCAGGAUCUCUAACCUUGUAAUGUACAUUGUGAUUAUUAUUCACUGGAAUGCCUGUGUGUACUACUCGAUCUCAAAAGCCAUUGGAUUUGGGGCUGACACAUGGGUCUACCCCAACACCUCUGAUCCUGAAUUUGCCCGUCUCAUCAGAAAGUAUGUCUACAGUCUCUACUGGUCAACACUGACCCUGACUACUAUCGGUGAAACACCCCCUCCUGUAAGAGAUUCUGAGUAUUUCUUUGUGGUCAUUGACUUUUUGGUUGGAGUAUUGAUUUUUGCUACGAUUGUUGGUAAUGUGGGCUCCAUGAUCUCCAACAUGAAUGCUGCUAGAGCAGAGUUUCAAGCAAGGAUUGAUGCUAUCAAGCAGUAUAUGCACUUUCGGAAUGUGAGUAAAGACAUGGAAAAAAGAGUUAUAAAGUGGUUUGACUACCUGUGGACAAACAAGAAGGCUGUGGAUGAAAGGGAAGUCUUGAAGUAUCUGCCAGAUAAAUUAAGAGCAGAGAUUGCAAUCAAUGUUCACCUGGAAACACUAAAAAAAGUUCGGAUUUUUGCAGACUGUGAAGCUGGUCUGUUGGUUGAACUGGUUUUGAAACUCCAGCCACAGGUGUACAGUCCUGGAGAUUAUAUUUGCAGAAAAGGAGAUAUUGGACGAGAGAUGUACAUUAUCAAAGAAGGCAAGCUGGCAGUAGUUGCUGAUGAUGGAAUUACCCAAUUUGUGGUCCUAAGUGAUGGCAGCUAUUUUGGAGAAAUCAGCAUUCUUAAUAUCAAAGGUAGCAAAGCUGGCAAUCGAAGAACAGCCAAUAUUAAAAGUAUUGGAUACUCUGACUUGUUUUGUCUGUCUAAAGACGAUCUCAUGGAGGCUUUAACAGAGUACCCAGAUGCAAAGGCUAUGCUGGAAGAAAAAGGAAAGCAAAUCCUAAUGAAAGAUGGGUUGCUGGACAUUGAAGCUGCAAACUUAGGAAGUGAUCCUAAAGAUCUGGAAGAGAAAGUCACCUACAUGGAAGGAGCAAUGGAUAGAUUACAAACAAAGUUUGCCAGGUUGUUGGCUGAGUAUGACGCUUCACAACAAAAACUGAAAAAAAGACUUACACAAGUCGAGAAAAUAUUGAAGCCAGUUAUAGAGCAAGAAUUUGCAGACUUGGAUCUGCAAGAAGCAGAUGCAUCCACAGAGAUGCCUGGAUUGUCAAAAGUAGAAUAAACCACUGAAAGUUGCCAAUAAGACUUAGGGUCAAGUCCUGCAUGGGGCUGAAUACAUUCAUUUCUAAUCUUUAUAGGAUCUGACUGUUAAUUAGGAAAAACAUUUUUUGAGGUAAUGUCACUAAUUUCCUACAAACAGCACAUAUUUGGCAGGUUUUGAGAAGAAAAAGAAGGACUGAGAACGAGAAUGUAAGGUAACACUUUGGUGUUGCAG